AUGGCCCCAAUAGGUCUGCAGCACGUCAACCUCUCCGUGGCAGCCGGCACGCUCCAUCUGGCCCAGGAGUUCUACGGCACGGUCCUUGGCCUUGCCAACGACACAGUCCCUCACCUCCAGAAAGACGUGUUGCUCUGGUUCCGCCUCGGUGCUGGCCCCCAGCAGAUCCACAUCUCAUUCGAACGCAACCCCCUUCCCUCGGUACACAAGAGCAGCCGGCAUCCCUGCUUUGCCCUUCCAACCGGACAAGCGCUGCUCGACCUCCAGCGACGGAUCUAUGAGCACCACGCGGCGGGUGGCGAGGCGGCUGCUCUCGAGUGCGAUAAGCCUGGAACAGCUAACUCGGGGUCCAAGGGAGUCGAGUAUCCGGACCGCUUCUUUGCACGGGAUUAUGCGGGCAACCGCUUGGAAUUUGCCGUUCACUCGAUGUAG